CCCGCCGCCGCCCCUCAGGCGCGGCCCCGCCAUCAGCCAGCAGCCCCGCCCCGGGCGCACCGACGUCACUGGGCGUCAGGGCCGAGCCCCCCACCCUCCCUCCCGCCUUCGCUCCCGCCGCCGGACAACAGCCGCCGCCUCGGCCCAGCCCGCCGCCACUCCGGUCCCUUCCCCGAGAGCCGCGCAGCGCGAAGAUGGCGGCGUACAAAUUCCUCCUGCCGCCACUCAGCCGCCGCAUCCUCCUUCCCGCCGCGCGGGCGCGGGGCGCCGCCGCCGCCGCCGCUGAGAUUUGUGGAUGCUAUUUUUCUACCAGCUGUCAUCGCAACACCAAAUUUUAUACUGAUCCUGUUGAAGCUGUAAAAGAUAUACCCAAUGGGGCAACUAUACUUGUUGGUGGUUUUGGAUUGUGUGGGAUUCCUGAAAACCUGAUUGGGGGUUUACUGAAGACUGGAGUAAAGGGACUAACAGCAGUCAGUAAUAAUGCAGGUGUUGACAAUUUUGGACUUGGUCUCCUACUUCAGACUAAGCAGAUAAAACGGAUGGUGUCAUCAUAUGUUGGAGAGAAUGCUGAAUUUGAACGCCAGUAUUUAUCUGGUGAGCUUGAAGUUGAGCUUACACCUCAGGGUACGCUGGCUGAACGUAUUAGAGCAGGAGGAGCAGGAAUCCCAGCAUUUUACACCAGUACCGGCUAUGGGACGCUGGUGCAGGAAGGGGGUGCGCCUAUCAAGUACAACACAGAUGGCACCAUUGCCAUUGCCAGCCAGCCAAGAGAGGUGAGAGAGUUUGAUGGUCGUCACUUUAUUCUAGAGAAGUCGAUUACAGGAGAUUUUGCUCUGGUAAAGGCAUGGAAGGCUGAUCGUGCAGGAAACAUCAUUUUCAGGAAAACUGCAAGAAACUUCAACCAACCUAUGUGCAAAGCUGCCCAGACAACUGUGGUAGAGGUGGAAGAAAUCGUUGAUAUAGGAGCAUUUGCCCCAGAAGACAUUCAUGUUCCCAAAAUCUAUGUCGAUCGUCUUAUACAAGGAGAGAAGUUUGAGAAGAGAAUUGAACGCUUAUCAAUCCGAAAGCCUGAAGACUCAAAAGUGAAACAAAAGCAAGGAGACAAUGUGAGGGAGAGGAUCAUCAGACGGGCUGCCUUAGAAUUUGAGGAUGGCAUGUAUGCUAAUCUGGGUAUUGGAAUCCCACUGUUGGCCAGUAACUUCAUCAGUCCAGACAUAACUGUUCACUUACAGAGUGAAAAUGGAGUUCUGGGUUUGGGUCCUUAUCCACUUGAAAACGAAGUAGAUCCAGACCUGAUUAAUGCAGGUAAGGAGACAGUCACUGUUCUUCCAGGUUCUUCCUAUUUCUCUAGCGAUGAAUCAUUUGCAAUGAUAAGAGGAGGCCAUGUUGAUUUGACAAUGCUUGGAGCUAUGCAGGUGUCUAAGUAUGGUGACCUGGCCAACUGGAUGAUUCCUGGUAAGAUGGUGAAAGGAAUGGGGGGUGCCAUGGACCUGGUAUCCAGUGCGCAGACCAAAGUGGUUGUCACCAUGGAGCACUCAGCCAAGGGCAAUGUCCAUAAAAUCUUGGAAAAGUGCAAUUUACCACUUACUGGAAAACAAUGUGUAAACCGCAUCAUUACAGAGAAGGCUGUGUUUGAUGUGGACAAGAAGAAGGGAUUGACCCUUGUGGAAAUCUGGGAAGGACUGACAGUGGAUGAUGUCAAGAAAAGCACUGGCUGUGACUUCACAGUUUCGACAAAACUAAUACCUAUGAGGCAGAUUUAAACGUGAAAUACAGGCUGGGCUUAACUUACCAGAAGGCUUCUUUCCAGAUGAAGCCCAGUGAAGAGAAAUCGAUGACUGUUUUGCAAUUUUCCUUCUCUUUUUUUUUUUUUUUUUUUUUAAGGGCUUUAUAAGUAGUUUCCAGAUAGUUAAACUCAGUCAAUGACUAUCAGAGUAAAUUGCAUUUUACUUUCAUAACAUUACCAAUUUUAGUGGAAGGGUGAAUUUAUUCCCUAAAUUGUGAAUAAUGUUAUACUAUAAUGUUAAUGAACACUGUCAAAAAAAUGCCUUGUAAUCUGUCUGCCAAAUACAUCUUUUGCACAGAUUCAGAAAAUGACCAUGCAAGACUUACAAUUACCCAUGCUUUUCCUGGUGUCGUUAAAUUUACAAAUCACUCCAUUGCUCUGAAACUACAGCACUUAUCAUGUCCAUUCUGCUGUAAACGUAUGGGGUAUUUUUCAGGAGCGGUUUAUAGCAAAUGUACGCAGCUGCAGAGUCAGGAAUACGGACUUCUCUUUUCCUGAGCCUUUUAAUGAAUCUGUGACAAAACUGUACCAGUGGAAAUAACUGUGUCCUUAGCUCUGAAUGUAUCUCCUCUUGCCAUGGUGUGUGGGUGUGUGUUGGCAUUAAGAAGCGUAUACCUCCCAAAGUCCAAAUCUGACCCCUUCUGUUAAUUCAUGCAAACUUGACUUGGGCUGGUAUGAAGGAGGAAGAUCAAAAAGUCUCUGUCCCCAUGCAGACAGCUGGUAGCUGCACAGUUGUCCCACAUGAACUGCUUUUAUUCUCCAGCUACAAUCCUUCCAUCCAGCCCAUAUUCAAAGGCAAAUGAUUGUUUCUGGAGUGAGGUCUGUCCUUCCAGUGUUAACACAGAGAAACAGGGGAGGGAAUGUUGUGGGUACUUGGAAGAUUUCUUCUGAAAGGAAUACAGUUGGUUAAAGGUAAAAGCCAUAAGUUUGCACCAUUUGCUCAUCAAGGCUUCGGCAAAAACUAGAGUUUGGAACCCAAACUCAUACCUAGAAUGAACGCCAUGAGACAAUCAAAAAGUCCUUCUCUCAUAGUGGUUCUGCUAUUUGAUAAAGAUCUUCCUGUCCCUGUUAUUAAUUACAAAAUUACUGUUAUUUUUGCAAAUAGGUAACAUGACAGCAUUGGAUCUGACAUCCCAAAUCAGCACCAUAUGCCUUUACUAUACAGAGCAUGAAUUGACUGGAAAUCCGCAUCUGCUAAAAUACAGUGUUCUCUCCAAGUAUAAUGGUUUCUGUCAUUCAUAGAAAUAGGAACAUGUAAAACACUUCGGUUAAAAUAAUUCCUGACAUCGGGACUGGAGCAGAUUAUGUGGCUAAAAAACAUGUAAAAUGUAGAUGCAUAAACAAACAUAUAUAUAUGUGUGUGUAUAUAUAUAUACAUAUAUAUAUAUGCCUAUCAUAUAUGUAGUAAGCAGUGUUGGGAUAUGGUAUAGAAGGGCAUUCUAAUACUGGAUGGAUGAGGUAUUCACUAUAGUCAGUGUGUGUUGUGGAAGGAAUGUAAUGCAUUUCUAGGGAACCAUAUAGGAAAUUCCCGCAAUAUUUAGCUCCUGAACUAGCCUUUAUACUGCAUUUCUCCUUUCUAAAAUAAGAAAUGCUUCUCUUUCAUGGGUCAGUUAUAAAAUUUGUCUUGAUCCACACAGGGGUUUUAUAGUGGUAAAACUGUUUGAUUAGAGAUUAUUUUGUUUAGUUGCAUUUACUCUAAACAAUUCUUUGAUAAUGUCUUGUCAAUACCUUCUUCCCACAAAGGAAAAAAGAAAAUCCCUUUAUGCUAGUAGAAAAGUACUCGCAUAAUACUAAAUUGAAUGACUUGACUUUGUGUGUGAUAAUUGGUGGUAGGCCGUUGUGUAGCCUGAAUGUGUAGGCAAGGUCUGAUCUUGAGUCUGGGGGAAGGACAGAUGUUGCACAAAGGCUAGUGCUAAUUUCAUGAUUAAACAUAUACAGGCAAUUUGGUUGAUAGGUAAUAUGCAUCCAAGACUUGAAACUACAUUGAUGAAAGUGAUAUUUUAACCCAAGAUUAGCACAAGUUAGUUUUUACCUAGCUUUAGUUUUUGCCUGUUUUCUCCAUUUAGGUGUAUUCCCUAAGUUACUCACUCAUUCCAGACAAGUUACUUUCGUAAAGUUUGGCCAUUUCUGUUGCUGUGGGGGUGGACUGAAGUUCUGCUCACAGAGGUUUUGCUGAUUAAAAGUCUCUAUAUAACGAAAGUUGACUCUCUUUUAGCACAAAAUGAAAGUUUUGAUUUUGGAUAGAGCAGCCCAGAGACCUCUUCCCUACCCCAUAAAGACACUUCAGUGACAAUUCUGACCCUUAUGGUGCUGUACACAGCAAAAGGUGCCUAUCUUUGCCUUCAGGGCCAACGAUGGGUGAACAGCUACUCUGAGGGGAUGGGUGUGAUCUCUGAAGGUAUCUUGUUCAUCAUCACUCAGAGCUCUCGUAAAGAGUAGCCAGAAUGGAUGCUGUUUUUCGGGGAGGAGUAUAAAAACUAAAACAGGGGAGGGGAGUUACUAUUAACUUACAGAGAAAAAAAAUAAAUAUAUUUAAAUAGCUGGGGAAGUCUUAAACAAAUCUAUAAAUGAAACGUUUAUCUGUUGCAAUUACCUAUGCUACAUUAGUCGUAGGUCUGAUUAGUUAAUUACAGCGAACAUUUGUUGACAUAUAUAAAGUACAGGAGGAGUGUCUGAGGGCAGCAUCAGGUGUAUGCUGUUUCUGCCAUAGAACUAUGCUUUGCUGGCAUACGCACAGAAGCCAUUGUUGUCAUUAGCGUAAGGCUAUAAAAAGACUAAUGACCUGAUAACGUCUGGGAGCAGCACCUUGGUUUCAGAAGCAAAGAAUUAGAAGCCAAGCGCUCCUGAGUUUCAGCUUUUCCAAUUUUCCAUUUACUGUUUUGAGUUAUGUCAUUUGUGCUCUCUGCCUUGUCUCCUGUUGCAGGAAAAGGAGAUGUUUUUCUUCCUACCUCACAGGGAUGUUGUGAGGAAUAACCAGCUAAAGUCUGUGCAACAGGUUAUUUUUUUGUCUUCAGAUUGGGGAUCACACUUCAUCAAGAGUGUGGAAGAUUACUUGAAGACUGUCAUACAUGCUGGAUAUUUGAGUUCUGUGUCUUCUCUUAUUUGUAUCAGUGUUAAUGCAAGAGAGCAAAAGUUAAUAUGGUGCUGAAAACUGGGGAAGAAAGGAGAACAGGCUCUCUCUGUAUACAACAGUGGUGCAAAGAUCUGUAUGUCACACUUGAAUAUUUUUAUCUUGAGGACAGUAUAUUGUGGUAGAAUAUUGGUAUUGUUAUGAAAACAUCACAAGUCCGCACAAGCUAAUUGCAACAAGCUGUGACUCUGCUUUUUUAAUUGAUAUGUAAAGUAGGAUUAGAAAUUAAAGCACUCCCUCUUUGUGGACACAAGCGUGGUUCACAGGUAAGGUAUACUCUGAGCACUAGUUGCAGUGAUCAGUGUUACAGGGAUGAGAGCUUCUCGUUCCUCUUCGGUGGUUGGUGGUAUGAAUGAAGUUUUAUUGGGACGUCACUGAGAUCAGCUCCUGCUUGACAGCACUUUGCAAGACAAGGACAGUUGAUGCGCUUUGUCCUGAAGAAGAUGAUGAUUCUACUGUAUUAUCAUAUUGGACUUAUUUCACUUUAUAUUUAAUUGACUUUUGUCCCUGAAAAAGCAAAAAAAUGAAAUCUUACAGAAACUGUAGUUGUACUUUAAGCUCCGCAAACUAAAUAUCAAGGUCCUUCUGUGUAUUUGCAAAACAAUCAAUAAAGUUAAGACUAAAAA